AAGUCGCUCACUAAUCGUGUUUUAUGUUACAAGUACGUAAAUGUAAUUUGAGUGGGGGAGAUUACAAAUGAAAACUUUGCAGCAUGGCGCGUGUCGGCUUGGGAUUUUAUUCUUCCCCGAAGUUUCCGAAUUUGAGUUAAGCUCGCGCCAAAGUUUGCAUGUGACAUAAACGCGAGAUUCUGUUAAAUAUGUAAGACACUAUUAGGUGAAAUGAACGAAAUAAUCUUUGACGAUGCUUAAACCGAGCCUCCUCAGGAGCUAAGUACCGAAUAUCACUCAACCAGUAACUCAUCAACUUUGCUCGCCUCUUCGGGAAAUUCUGUGGUAACUUACACGACAAUGGUAAACGGGGACCAAGACUGGCCACCGAAGAGUUUGGUUUUAUGUUUUCUAGUCGCGUUAAAAAUUACGGUUAUGGCUCUAAUUAUAAUAGCUGCACUUUUAGGCAACCUACUAGUUAUAGUUUCUGUAAUGAGGCACCGCAAGCUAAGAGUGAUUACCAACUACUUCGUGGUUAGCCUUGCAUUGGCGGAUAUGCUGGUGGCAAUAUGCGCGAUGUGUUUCAAUUUUAGCGUUGAAGUAACGGGCGGUUUGUGGGUUUUCGGGUACUUUAUGUGCGACGUUUGGAACUCCUUAGACGUGUACUUUUCCACAGCUUCCAUACUACAUCUGUGUUGUAUAAGUGUUGAUCGGUAUUACGCUAUAGUGCAACCCCUCGAUUAUCCGCUUAUAAUGACAAACACUAGAUUAGCUGUCAUGUUAGCUGUAGUGUGGUGUAGCCCAGCUUUGGUGUCCUUUUUACCAAUACUAAUGGAAUGGUACACUACCGACCUAAGCUUGGAGUUUCGCAGAAAAAACCCGCAACUCUGCCAUUUUACGGUUAACAGGACUUACGCCGUCAUAUCGUCCAGUGUCAGCUUUUGGGUUCCGGGAAUGGUGAUGAUCUUUAUGUAUUACCGCAUAUACGUAGAAGCCGACAGGCAAGAACGAAUGCUGUACAGGUAA